CUCUUCUAUUAACGAUCUGUAACAGACCAUCCUAUCCUACGUGGCAAUUCUUUCUUUUAAUUAAUUAAAUUAAAAAGUUAAUUCGAGUUUUUCCACUUUCCGUUUCGUUCUUAUUUUCCAGCCUAUUCCUCGUGAUUUCAUUCUUAUAUAAAUACUUCGAUUUCAUUCAUUUUCUUGCUCAUAACUCACCACCGCGUUCUUAACUCACUAUAACUCGCUCUCUUUUCUCUCUCUCUUGCGGCGGUUUAAUUACUGUCCUCGUCAACAUGACAACCAACGGUACAAUUCUCGUCACCGGCGGCGCCGGUUAUAUCGGCAGUCAUACCGUUCUUCAGCUUCUUUUAGGCGGUUACUCCGUCGUCGUCGUUGAUAAUCUUGAUAACUCUUCUGAAAUUGCUCUAAAACGCGUUAAAGAACUCGCUGCCGAACACAGUAACAGCCUCUCGUUUCAUCAGGUUGACCUGAGGGACAAACCAGCUCUAGAAACAAUUUUCUCUCAGAAUAAAUUUGAUGCCGUCAUUCAUUUUGCUGGACUCAAAGCUGUCGGUGAGAGCGUGGCGAAGCCAUUGCUUUAUUUUAAUAAUAAUCUUGUUGGUACUAUUAUAUUGCUUGAAGUGAUGGCUGCUCAUGGAUGCAAAAAGCUUGUGUUUUCAUCAUCAGCUACUGUUUAUGGCUGGCCAAAAGAGGUUCCUUGUACAGAGGAAUUCCCAUUGUCAGCUGCAAACCCAUAUGGACGAACUAAGCUUUUCAUUGAAGAGAUAUGCCGUGAUAUCUAUGGUGCUGAUCCUGAAUGGAAAAUCAUAUUGCUGAGAUACUUCAAUCCUGUUGGCGCACACCCCAGCGGACACAUUGGUGAGGAUCCCCGUGGAAUUCCAAACAAUCUUAUGCCAUAUGUGCAGCAGGUUGCUGUUGGUAGGAGACCGCAUUUGACUGUCUAUGGAACUGACUAUUCAACCAAGGAUGGUACUGGGGUACGUGACUAUAUUCAUGUAGUUGAUCUAGCAGAUGGCCACAUUGCUGCAUUGCGUAAACUCUCCGAUGCUACAAUAGGUUGUGAGGUAUACAACUUAGGAACAGGAAAAGGAACAUCAGUUUUGGAAAUGGUAGCAGCAUUUGAAAAGGCAUCUGGAAAGAAAAUUCCUCUUGUAACGGCCGGUAGACGAGCUGGUGAUGCUGAAAUUGUUUAUGCAUCAACAGAUAAGGCUGAACGUGAAUUGAAUUGGAAGGCAAAAUACGGUAUCGAUGAGAUGUGUAGGGACCAAUCAAACUGGGCCAGCAAAAACCCGUAUGGGUAUGGAUCUGCUGACACUACAAAGUGAGAUGAAAAUAGUUACACUAUUAGACUCUAGUCUAGUAUUUUUUUACCCGCCAAACCUACAGAAAUUAGGAACUAUUCUGGUAGAAAUAUUAAAGCUGAUAAACAUAUAGUUUGUGUUAUCAUCCAUAAAUAAGCUGCCUUACCCAUCCUCGUCCAUAGAUUUACAUAAAAAGGUCCAUACUCUUUAGAACUGAUCCCUUCUUGAGGGACACUGGUGCAGUGACUUUUAUAGGGCUAAAUUAUUUUCCAGGGGAAUUAUUAGAUAAUUGUACUCCUUUUCUCAAUGAGUAAAUAAUCUUUCUAAUUA